CCCGAGUCCGAACUGCAAUAUGAAUGUGAGACCAAGAUCACAUCUUCAUUCAUGUUCGGUGACGGUGAAGUUGAGUGAAGCGGAGUGAAGUGGAAGCCGAUAAAAGGAAAGGUACCUAAAGUGUCACCUGCAAAAGAUAAACACUCUGAGUAAGCAGUCUAGUACCAACCAACCUGUUAUCAUGACCAAUGGACAGGGACACCAUCUGUCAACGGGGAGUGUUUCCCCUCCACUAGUGAAUGGGAAACUUCGUCUGUACAGCAUGAGGUUUUGCCCUUAUGCUCAACGAGUGCAUUUGGUUCUUGAUGCCAAGAAAAUUCCAUAUGAUGUUGUCUAUGUAAAUUUGUCAACCAAGCCUGAGUGGCUUUUUAAUAAACACCCUCUUGGCAAGGUUCCAGCCAUUGAACUGGAAGAUGGCACUGUGCUCUACGAAAGCCUCAUACUGGCUGAAUAUUUGGACAGCUCUUCAACAACUAGGCCCCUGGCAAGUUCAGACCCCCUUCAACGAGCCAAGGACAAACUCUUGAUUGAUCGCUUCUCUCAGUUCAUUGUUCUAUUUUACAAGAUAUAUUCAGAUAUUGAUGCCCUUGUCUCUGAGGAUGUUAUGAAAUCGCUUGAUGAAUUUGAAGCUGAACUCUCUAAACGUGAAACACCUUAUUUCAGUGGUACACGCCCAGGUAUGGUGGAUUACAUGAUAUGGCCCUGGUGUGAACGAGCUGAUAUGUUGGUCAUUGUUGCUGGAGAUAGAUUUGUGAUGCCUCCACAAAGAUUCCCUAAAUUGUUGCAAUGGAAGAAGUUUAUGAAGGAAGAUGAAGCUGUUAAGGCUUCCUCCUUAGACGCCUCCGACCAUGUGAAAUUCUUGAAGUCCCGUGAAAGUGGAACUCCAGAUUAUGAUAUGCUUGUGUCAUAGGUUUUAGUCACAAGAAUUUGACCAAGAUAAUUUUACUUUAUCUCUUGUUUUGUAUUAUUUUUUUCAUUUGAUCACAACUGUCCAUGUCUCUUCUGCAUAUUUUUGGAAAUUUGGCAGACUGGAGCAUCUGUAAAUUUUAUUUUGCUGUUCUGUUUGCCGAUAACUAUUUAGUUUUUAUUCUAUGUUAAUUCCUUCUAAUACAAAUCUCAUGCUGUACCCUUAUGUUUAUUAAUCAGGAGCUAAUAAAGCACACUUUAAAAAACUAGAUG